UUGGCAUAUGGUGCUAGAUCAAACAAUUUCCACAGAGGCAUGUUUGUGGAUAAGUGUUUAAAUAUUUGUCAUAAAAUGGAGACAAAUAAGGAGAAACAUCUUAUGUCACCAUAAUGCUGACAAGAAGACUGCAUUUUAAGGGACCAGGGAAUAAUAAAUAUAAUAAGAUAGUAUAAGAAGUGACAGAGAGAGAAGAAGGAAUCCAUUCAACACAAUUUUGAUAGAAACUAGUCAAGUAAUAAUAACUAGUGUUUUCACUCUUGUUUGUAAAGUAAAAAUCAAGAUACUGAUUGCUUGUAUAUUUUCACACUGCAUCAGCUUAAUGAGGUCCAUGCAAAUAAUUUUUUUAAGUAGGAAGUGCCAAAAACCAGUCUACUAAGCUGCAGCUCCUCCUGAGAACAAAAAAAGCAGCCCAUAUGGAGAACACCCACAAAAAUGUCUUGUGUGCAUGCAAACAGACACAAAAUACUUUAAACAUUAAUGUAUUUAGUGGAGCAACGAAAUGAAAACAUCACAAAGCCUAAAAGACAUACAUUCUUAGUAUUCACCAUUUUUGCCAUGUGGCUGACAUUUCCUAAGUUCAUGACACAGGAUAACUGAGUGUCUUUUCUCUCCACAGACAUGGACACUGCAGAAUCCACCCUUGAUAAGCCACUUCUCCAAGGGAAUAGGAGGCAAGAUCUCCAAGACAUGCUGAGAGAAGUAGGGCUGUCAGCUGACUAUUGGUUGCCCAAGAUGCAGGAACACCUGGGUGUGACCUGUGCCCAGGCCUUACAGCACCUAGAAGAAAAAGACCUCCACAAGCUGAAAUCCCAGGCACAAUAUCUCUGGGAAAAAAGGGCCCUAGACAAGCUUCUUAACCUGUCAUACUCAAAAGGCUUUUCAGAAUUACAGGAGCCUCAGGUGGAAAUGGCAAAGAAAAACCAGAAGAAGGCAGAAAAAGCACUGCAGGAGCUAAGACACUUGCUGUCAGAAGGGAGGCAACGACAGGAAAAGGCAGUGAAGGAAAAAGAGGCAGAGCUGAGGCAGGCAAUGGAGAUUCCCAAGGAGUACUGGCCAGACCCUGAAAAAUCUCUCAGAGAAGUGAUGGAAAACAUCCAGGGGCAACUCAACCUCAUGGAGGGGACACUGUCUCACAGGCAAAACCUCACAGAUCGAGAUCUGGUGAGAUGGGCAUCGGGAGGGCUAGCAUUGCAGGGAAUUCUCAAAACCAGUCACCAAAGGGGGCUUAUAGAAAAGAGAGAGGAGAUACUCAGUGUCCCCAAGGAGUUCUUACUCUUUGGCCCUGAGCAGGGCACACGGAUGGAAACAAGGGAAUUUACAUCUUCACAAUCAGAAUCUACUUUCACCCAGAUGAUAGAAAAGCUGGGCUUUAGUGUAACUGCCUCAGCCAAGGGUGGAGGUUGGGGAUUUAGCUUGGAAGCUGGUAUGGACCACAACAAACAUUCAGAAUCCUCAGAAGCCCAACAAUCACAUUCUGAGCACUCUUAUUUUUCCUCUACCAAGUUCAGCUAUGUCCCACUUGCCUCCUGCCAUUUUCCUAUUGAUCAGCUUCAGUUUUCCAAUGCUGCUCUCCAGGAACUGAAAUGCAUUGAAGACCUUCUAGGUCAGCCUGCAGGCCCAGACAGACUCACAUGCCUGAAACUCAGGGCUGAAGCUUUCUUCCACAGGUUUGGCUCUCAUGCUAACCAGGGCCCUCUGCACCUGGGAGGAAUCUACUGGUGGAAAGCCAUUUCACAGGGUUUCCAAAGUGAGCAGCUGGCAGAAGUGAAACAGCAGGCAGCAGAGGCCCUAGAUGGUUACAUAAGGGGUAGCUACAGAGGCUUUGGAGUGACAGUUGCUGGAGGUGUGGAGGUGUCAGCUUCUCAUGCAAAAACAGCCACCCAAAGCACAACCUUCCAAAAUCUUCAAACCAAAGUGCAAUUGUCAGUAGCCCAGACAGGCGGCCCACCUGAAGCAAAUGGCUUUUUCCAGUGGAAAGCUGGCCUAGUUGCCAGUAAUCAAACCUGGUGUGUCAUUGACCGGGGACUUGAACUGGUACCUGUUUGGGACAUCAUCUUCUCCAGCCACAGAAAUGAUUUUAAGGAUCCCCUUCAGGUAGCCAACUUCCUGAAAGACAGCUACACUGCUCUGACUGGCCUCCCUGCCCAGAUCAAGGGUGGGGAAGAACUACUCAGUGUUGGGAUGGUGGCUAGGGAUUUCCUAGAGGAUGUUAAGUCCUGGGAGGUAUCUGAUCCUGAAGAGCAACUUCAAAAACUCAUAGAUUUCAUGCAAAUAGUGAGUCAAAAAACAAAAAGUUAUGACACUUGGGUUAACAUAUGCCUGACUGAUUGGGGUCUGCAAAAUUUUCUGGUAAAUACUGUUAACUUUUGCAGAAUGUCUUCCACUCAUAAAUUUGUUAAAUCUCAGUUGCGAAGCCUUUUGGAUCCUCACAUCUACAAAGUGGAAAACUUUCCUCAGACUCAUUCUAUCAUGCAAUGGAUCUUCCAGUCAGACACAGAGCAGGAGCACAUCAACAUCUCCCAAUUUUCUGAAUUGAUUAAAAUCUUACAAGGAACCAAGAAUGGCCUCAUGGAACUGAAGGCCAAAUUUGAAUCUGCAGAAAUAGUGGAGGAAGCUCAAAGGAAGGCCACAUAUGAGGUCAGCUUGUCUCUUGGCUCCUUCCUGAAUUACCUCCUAGAAACACAGCAGCCAGACACACAGCUCUUGCUACGUUUUAUUGCAGCUGGUGUAGGAUAUCAUGUCAUAAAAAAUACUUUUCAGUACCUUCUCGGGUGUGAUGAGUUAGACUUCCUACUGAAUGAAAUGCAAACUGCCCAAGAUAAAUACCAGGAGCUCAAAAAUAUUUGCACCUACAGGGCUCAGGCAUUCCUGGUGCUCACAGGUCUUACAGCUACUGCUGGAGUUACAGAUAUUUCACCAGAGGAGAAAACAGAACGACUUGCAUUAAUAAAAGAACACAUGGGCCAACCACUGUCAAAGGAAGUUGCACAUGUCCUCUCCAAACCUGGAGCAGAUCAUGAUUGGGAAAACCUGGAGACAGAUUUGGGAUUGCUAAUUGAUGGUAAUUAUGAAGAGACCACCUCUUUGUUGCAAAUGGAUGAAGUAAGAAAAAACUUGCAAAAUAUUUUCCAUAAGACGAAACAAUCCCUUGAACCACAUGAUCAUGAAAAUAACAGAUGUGAAGUCAUAGAAGACAUGGCUUUUCUAAAAUUACUCCAGCGUCUAGACCUACAACAAUACUACCCAAAAAAGAUGAGCAGAGAUCAUUUCCAUCUGAUCCACAAGACUUCUGUGUACAACACCCAGCCCAGCUGUGAAAAGGAGCUUCCCUUCUAUUUCCUCCAGAAGUUAUUGGUGCUGGAUUAUGAGCUGAGAUACCUGGUCUUCAGAGAGGCUGGAAACACACAAAAUCAACUUUAUCCAAGUGCUUCAAAUCCAGAAAAUAAAGUUCUUGAUCCAUAUGAAGACUUGUUUGAAGACAGUGAUACUUCCACUAAUACUUCAGCCACUAAUCCUAGAUCCCAUAUUCACCCUAUGGAUAUUCAGAUGGCAAUUCUUCACUGUGCAGAUGGUUUUGCCCGGCAGUAUAUUUUUUUGAAACUUUCCAUUUGCCAGUUUGCCCUCCCACUUCUCAUACCAAAUCCCUGCAAUUCUCAAAUUGAGUUCUCUCUCUGGUCUCUCAGUCACAUUAGAAAAAGCUGGCAGGAAGCAAGGAAACCAAAGGAAAACAUCAGUUUCAAGAAUAAGCAAAUGUGUCGUGUCCCUACCCCCAUUGUGUCCUUUAUUAGAGUUGGAAAUAACCUCUCUGCUUCCAAAUCUCAGAUCAUGAACUGUCUUCUCAGUAAUCGUAGACAUGAUAUCUUUUUUCACCGACAUUGCAGAGGGAGCACCAAAGACUGUCUCUUAAUGAAGGGUGUGGUGGAACUCUGCUGGUUCUGUCCUGGGGGGGAAGAAGAGGACAGAUUUGGAAACUGCUUGGCCUUGACCAAUCUUCAUGGAGAUGCAAAAGAACAUGAAAAGCAACUCAGCUUCCUGCAGGAAGUCUCUUCUGUCAUUGUGGUCCUCAUGUCAACUUCUGAUGACAAUAAAGAAAACCGAAAAAUUGUCCGUGACCUGAGUCAGUCACCAAAACCUUUGAUUUAUUUACUCGACAACAAAGAGAAAACCAUGGCCAGUAAUUCUGGCCAGAAAGUGAGAAUUGGGAUCAGGAACAGAAAUGAGGCUGAAUUAACAGAGGAGCUUGUUACUACAAUCAAAUGUUUGCUAGAUCUCUCACAGACUGUUCUCAGCUUAGAGAACUGUAUCCCAUAUGCUCGCAAGCAAGGAUUCCUUAUUGAUGAAGAUCAGCGAGAAUGCAAGGAAGCCAAAGAAAAGGCAGAGGUCAUAGUGGCUCUACUGAAAGAAAUGAAGAUAUCUCAGGUGAAGGAAAACUUUCUACCGCUUCAGGGACACCUGUGGCAUCUUUGGUGCAAAAAGGACAAAGAACUCUAUCACCUGAGAGAAAAGGGUAAUCGAAGCAUUGAGCAACACAAAAGUGACAUUGAGACAGAAAAACAAAGAAUACGGCAUCAACAGUUGACCAGAGCCUUUCCUCUCAAUGAUUUAUUGCAAGCUGUCCUUCAAUUUCUCCAAAAUCACUCAGAAACUCAAACCACACUCUACUUUUUGCAAUGGCUGAGUGUAUUUUUGGACAACCUGACUGCAGGACACUUGGAAAAACUGAAUGAGAAGAAAAAUGCUUUGUGGUCACUGAUACAAACAGAAAAGCAAAAGGCACCAAAGAGCAGCAAUGUACUAGAUUGGCAAAAAAAGAUAGAAGUUAUCUCCAAAGAGAUUAAUGACUGUACCCUUGGAAUUGAGCAACUUCUCAGAGAAGUUGGCCAAAUUUAUGAAGCUCUGGAAGAAGUUUCUGCCACAAAAGAUAAACUUUUCCUUUCCCUACCCCAGAUUGCUGCAGAUCUGCUGAUAUCUGGUGUUCCCAUUGAGCUGAUGGAUGGGGAUGCUUCCUAUGUGCCUCUAAGGUGGGCAGCAGCUGUUUUUGACAAGGUCUCUGAGAAACUUGGAAACAAACGGCUGUUUGUUCUCUCCAUCCUUGGCCUACAGAGUUCAGGGAAGUCCACCCUGCUAAAUGCACUUUUUGGGCUGCAGUUCACUGUCAGCGCUGGGAGGUGUACCCGGGGGGCCUACAUGCAGCUGCUGAAAGUAGAGGAGACUUUCACAGAGGAACUGGGCUUUGACUUUGUGCUUGUUGUGGACACAGAAGGACUUCGGGCCCCAGAACUCAGCAACAAAUCCAAGAAUCGUGACAAUGAGUUAGCAACUUUUGUCAUUGGACUUGCAAACUUGACUCUGAUCAAUAUUUUUGGAGAAAAUCCAUCAGAAAUGCAAGAUAUUCUACAAAUUGUUGUCCAAGCUUUUAUGAGGAUGAAACAAGUAAAAAUCUCACCUAGCUGCCUCUUUAUCCAUCAGAAUGUGGGGGAAGUCACAGCCAAAGACCAAACUAUGGAAGGACGGAGGCGGUUAGAGCAGAGACUGGAUGAAAUGGCAGCAACAGCAGCUGAGCAAGAACAGUGCUCAGGUAUAACUCACUUCAGUGAUGUCAUUAAGUUUGACAUCAAUACUCAUGUUUACUACUUUGCCCACCUCUGGGAUGGCAACCCCCCAAUGGCACCUCCCAAUCCUCGCUACAGCCACAAUGUCCAGGAACUGAGAAGCAGAAUUCUUAUGACUGCCAAAGAGGACUCUAGGGGAAGCAUCUUGAAGAUAUCAGAUGUCAAAUCCCGAGUUCAAGAUUUGUGGAGAGCCCUGGUGAAUGAAAAUUUUAUUUUUAGUUUUAGGAACACCAGAGAGGUCAUGGCAAUGAGCAAACUGGAAACCAUGUAUAACUCCUGGACCUGGGAGCUGAGGAGUCAUGUACUAGACUUGCAGAACCAGCUGAUCAACCAGAUUAAGAAUGGAAUAAUCCAGACACUCGCAACAAGCACAAUUGCAGCUCCACUUUCAGAAAAAUUUGAAGCCAUCAAGCAAGAACUUGACAAAUAUUUUAACGAAGAUCCAGAGAGUGAAAUAUUGAUUCAAUGGAAAGUGAAUUUUGAAAAUAAGCUAAUAAACCUUAAAGAGACACUUAUUUUAGAUACCAAAAGUAAAGCUGAGGGGCAUCUUAGUUAUAAAAAGAAUCAAGAAAUACUGGAUAAUAAAAAGUCAGGUUAUGAUAAGGAAUUAUUGGAAAGAAGCCGGGAAUUGGCUAUAACUCUAGAGGGCAAACAACUGAGUGAGGAAGAGCUACAAGAGAAAUUCAAUCAACUUUGGGAAAAAUGGGUCUACGCUGUGUCCUCAACUGUCCCUCCAGUUACAGAGCCGAACAUUGAUGUAGAUUCUGAAGGCAUCCUUUUGGAAUAUUUUCAAAAGGAGAGAGACAUAGUAAACAUACUGAAGAAAAAUGAUAGGAAAAUAUUUCAAAUAAAUUAUAAGGAACAUAUAAAUAUGAGCAAAAAAUAUGGCCUAAUUUCAAGAAAAUUAGAAGUAUAUGAUAAGGAGUCCAUAAAAACAACUACUGACCACAUUGUUUCACAAUUCAAUGAAAUUAUUGACAACAUUCAGAAGCAACAGUGUGAUUACAAUCCAAAUUAUUUCCAUGAAAUCCUGAGAAUAAUAGAAGAUGGGGUUAAGUCUGCACGUACCGAGGAAAAAUACACAUUUACAAGUAAAUAUAAAAUUGACUUAUCUUCAUGUUUAUUUCGAAGAGCAUCAGAAAAGUUCAAGCAAAUGCAUGAGGCAUUCAAAAGAGCAAAUGAUCCUGUAAACUAUCUGGAAAGCAAGAAAGGUGACUUCUUCACGAGCUUUAAGAUCUCUUGUCAAGGGGCAACCUCAGUCACAACAUUUGUUGGCUUUUUGUGGAACAAACUCACUCCUGCUGUUUCCACCACCAUUUGGGAAAAAAUGGUCCCUACAAUUGCUGGGGAGAUGCGAGCUACCUGCCCAGCAUUCAAUGGUAACAGGGCUAACCUGGAGAAGCACAUUCUUAUUUCUCUGGCAGAAAAUGAAAACUUUGAUGAUUACUGGAAGUACAUUCAUAAUCCAGAAUCAUUUUUCAUGAAUUACAUUCAAAAUCAUAUUAAAAGUUAUUGUGCAGACCAAGGAAGUGAAAAUAUAGGAAAAAAUUUUAAAAUUAUUUUUACUGGCAUCAAGACCACCAUCCUGUCAGCUAUUCAUGAAGCCACAGCAAAAGCUCAAGAUCAAAGCAGCACUGGGUCUGGAUGGCUGGAUUUCUUCUGUGAUGAGCUGAAGAGUAACUUGAUCUUCCCACGAAAAGACUUGAUAAACAUUGAACACCAGGAAAUAAAAGAUUUUGAAUUUCUCAAAGAAGCCAUGAGUGAAGCUUUGGAUCCUGCAAUGACCAAAGUAGAAAAGGAGUGUUUGAAUCCUCCUGUAGAGGAAAUGGUUCCUGAGAUCCAGAAAAUGCUCUCUGAACAACUCUGUGGCUGCUGGAAACAGUGUCCCUUCUGUGCAGCAAUUUGUACAAACACAAUCCCUUCACAUGAUGGAGAUCACAGUGUUCCCUUCCACCGUCCUCAAGCUGUCAAUGGAUGGCGAUGGAGGCACUCAGAAGAGUUGAUGAUUGAGUACUGUACUACUUAUGUUGCAAGUGAUUUUUCAUUUUAUGUGAAUCCUAAUGACUCCAUCUGCUUCCCGUAUAAGAAGUAUCGAGAGGCAGGAGGGGAAUACGCUACAUGGAGCAUCACCCCAGACACAUCUGCCCAGCCAUAUUGGAAAUGGUUUGUCUGUCACUUCAGAUCAAACCUAGAAGAAAAAUAUCAGAAAAAAUUUAUACAUAGAGGUGAAAUACCUGAUGCCUGGACCAAAAUCACAAAGCAGGAUGUGCUGGAUGACUUGAAAAAGCAAUAAUACUCAAUGACCACAAAAGAACUUUUCACA